AUGUAUACUCACUUGGCAGUGAGAACAAAGUCAGAGUUACAGAGAGGUGAGAAUGAACCGAGAUGGAAGAAAGCUAGAGGCGUAGAACAGAGAAAUGCUGGUCUUGCUUGGCUUAGGGAGAAUGUUCGCAGGAGCACUGCAAAUGGUGUGGUAUAUUUUAUUGAUGAUGACAAUACGUAUGAUUUGGACAUUUUUGAACAGGUAUACUUUUAAUAAGCGUCUCUAAUAACCCCCCCCCCUCUAAUUACCACCCUCUCUAACAAGGCCCCUUCCCCAAUAUACCUGCUCUCUAAUAACCCAUCUCUAAUAAGUCUUUCCCUUAUAAGUCCCCUCCCAUUACACCCACCUCCUCUAUUAGUGGGACACAAUAAAUUUCAAUCAUAUUGAUACAUUCCCUGAUCUAUACUAGAGACAGACAAUCUGUACUAAAUAUGAAGACAAAGGAAGGAUAGUUUGUCUGAUAAUUUUUCUGUGUCCAGUAUAAUGGUCAGAUCAUCUAUCAGAAUGAGUUAUCUGCAUAAUUAACUCAAAUAUAUGUAAACUAGCAUACACUGUUUAUUCUGACAGAUGAUCUAUUCAAUAUGUGUAUGAAUAUGGCAUUAGACAAAUUAUCAGGAAAUAUGGCCACUACAAAUUGCACUACUUUGUUAACUUGUCUGGAUACUUCAUGUUGUUUACACAUUGAUACAUCUUAUGGAUGGUCCAUGGAUGAUCUGUUGUAUAAAUUCAUGACUAUGACUGUGUAGAAAUUAGGCCAUUAAAGUACAAAACUCUUUCCUUGAUGAUUAGAAUAAAAAAAUAAUGAAAUCUUUUAGAUGAGGUGGACGAAGAAGGUUUCAAUAUGGCCAGUGGGCUUGGUAGGUGGAUUAAAAUGGGAGGGACCAGUUUGUGAGAAUGGUAAAGUUAUCAAGUUUUGGACAGCAUGGGAUUUGACGAGACCUUUCCCAAUAGACAUGGCAGGAUUUGCAAUCAAUAUCAAGUUGUUAUUGGACAAUCCUUCUGCAGUGAUCGACAUUGACGCACCACAAGGUCAUCUGGAAUCUUCCUUAUUGAAAUUACUUGUCACGAAGGACGAGCUAGAACCAUUAGCUGAUAAUUGUAAAAAGGUUUGUGAAGGUCUUUUCUACAUCUGCAUGGUGAUAUGCAACCUCGUUCCCAGAGCGUGGGAACGAGGUUGGGUGAUAUGCAUAUUGAUGACGUGGAAACCAUCAUGUUUAUGUGUCAAGCAACGUUUUCUAUUCACAAAGGCCGUUUUCAAUCAUGCCCAGCACCUAACCUGCGAACGGGCAUACUCUGGGUACGAGAUUGCCAUAUAUAUUGUAACGUACCAUACCCGGGCAUAGCAUUUUCUUUUGUGUCAAAGUCAAUUCGUUCCACUCUGUGGUGCCCACGAAACAAAGAAAUACGCUAUGCUUCUGUUGGGUGUGGUUGAAGUGGAAAACGUCCUUCAGUCGGGAUCCGUUUUAACAGUGCUUUCAAUUAUCACUGGUUUAACAAAACUCAACAGUUUUGACUUGACUGAAGGAGUGAAGAAAUAAAACCUGUUUGUUUCGCUUUUCAUUUUCAGAUACUGGUUUGGCACACGCAAACGGCGGAACCGAAAUUAAAGCAAGAAAUCAGACUACAGAACAUGGGCAAACAAUCCGAUGCUUCAAUUGAAGUAUAACUACCCUCGUGGACCCAACCAUUUUAGAAAUAGAAUUUCACAUUUCAAAAAUUCCAGGGAUUGGAUCAUUGGAUGGCGAUUUUAAAGUUUAUCUUUAAGAAUUAAGUCAAGAACUUGAAGAAUUAAACAAUUAUAUAAAUUUGAAAAUUAUUGUAUCCGUACUCACAACGGACUGGUAUACAAUGCCAGCGUUUAAAUUAAGACUUGACCUAAAACACUAUAUUAAAUUCCAUCACUCAUCAUGGCAUCAUAUAUAUAGACAUAUGAGGCCUUUAUAAAUGCAGCUUGCGAAGUGAAUAAAUCCACUGUCUUACAAGCAGGUAUAUGUACAGGUAUCACAAAAUAAAUAAAAACACGUGGAAUAUCAAAGUGCUAGAACUGCUUGUUCUAAACAAAAUAUUUAUUAUAAUAUAGUAGAAGAUUUUUAUUCAACUCGAUGUAUUUUAAACCAUUUUGGUUGAUUCAGUUUGCUACAGUCUUGUUACUUGUUGUCAAUGGUGCGGUGUGGUUCUUCUCGUCAGGUAUAAGUAUUUUAAAUCUACAAUAAACUUACAUUGGUAUAUAUAACUUGGAUAAUAUAAUAACCUUAAUAAGCUGGCUUGGUUUGUGUCUGAAUUAUUUGCGUUGAAGAGUAAAAAGACUUCAACCACGUUCAAACGAAGGCGUGCUUAUAUGGCCUAUAUAUAUAUAUAUAGUUGCAUUUUCGCCGCUGCUCCCGUGGUUAGGUCUAAAAUGUAUGUAUAACCUUCCACUCAUAAUUCCCAUCUAUCUAUACCUGUAUUUAUUAUUGUUGAUAUGAUUGAUGCAUAUCUGAACUUUACUUUUUAGAUUCAUUCUGUCAGAACGUCUUUUCCGGGGAUGUUUUUACAAAGACCGCAACGAAACAUAGAAUCAGAAGGGAAAACUACGAAUUUCACAACAACCUUGCCAAAUUAUAUCAAACCAUUUUACGAAUGAAACGGAGCGAAGUUGCUGUAGAUAGAUUACUUUCUCGUUUUGCGAGAAAAAAUUUAGAUAAGAACGUGCCCACGAUAUAUUGUAUAACUCCUACGUACGCCAGGCCAACCCAGAAAGCUGAUCUGACAAGAUUGUGUCAAACUCUUCAACAUGUAUGGAACUUUCAUUGGAUUAUUGUUGAGGACUCUGAAUAUAAAACUGGUUUAGUUUCUCGCUUUUUGGAGCGUUGUGGAGUGACAUAUACACAUUUUGCCGUGAGGACUUCGCCACAUUUGAGGCGGAAAAGUAAAAGCCCGCGAUGGCACGUGCCAAGGGGGAUGGAACAGCGGAACAAAGGAUUGCAGUGGGUGCGGCGGAAUUUUGACCCGAAGAGAAUGAAAGGUGUUGUGUAUUUUGCUGAUGAUGAUAAUACUUAUGAUGUGGAGAUUUUUAGAAAGGUAUUCCAUGUUAUCCCUCAAUUUUUAUGUACUAUUCAUUAGUUGAAUCCCCGAGUACGUUAAAAGUCUGUUACACUCAUGUCACCAAUUAAUUGCCGUUGUCGGCAUUUCACUUCAAAUUUAUAAUUCACUGGAUAGCUUUAUCUAUAAAUUAUUCUCCUCAGUAGUCCAGUAAAGUACUGUUUUAAUAAUAAACGAGCAGGAGUGUUUUAUUAGGUUUAAACGGCUUCAAACACGACUACAAAUUCGAUAGAUUUACUGCCUUGUUAGUAUUCUUUGUAUAAAGAAUACUAAUGAGGACACAACUACAAUAGAUACUGCCUUAUUAGUAUUCUUUAUAUAAAGAAUACUAAUUAGGAGUGUUUUAUCAGGUUUAAAGCCACUGCACGUGACAUAUUAUGAUUGACAUGAUUUGCCAAUAAGCUUAUGAAUUAUUAAUGAGUGUUUGAAGGCCUGUAUAUCAGUGCCCUCUGAUCAGUGCCUUAAUAACUUGGCAAAAUUCACUUAUACCCCCCACCCGCACUCAAAGAGGUCUAGCGCCGCCCCUGCUCACAUGCGCUUGAGGUGAAAUUAUAAUCAAGUAGGCACAUUGACCAACCACUGCCUUUCUAGAUCGCAUCCUAACUGAAACCUCUUUAUAAUUUAGAUGCGUGAAACAAAAGCUGUUUCAAUUUGGCCUGUGGGUUUUGUUGGUGGUUUACGUUGGGAAGGUCCUGUAUGCCAAAACAACACAAUUAUUGACUUUCGCGUGGCGUAUAAACCAAACAGGGAAAUUCCUGUAGACAUGGCAGGGUUUGCAGUCAAUGCCAAGCUGGUUGUUAAUAAUCCACAUUUGAAAUUUAAUCCGAAUAGUGUUGACAUAGGACAUAGUGAAUCUGAAUUUCUUACAAUGGUCACAUCCAAAGACACCAUUGAACCACUUGGCGAUCUUUGUAACAAGGUAAGAUUGGCAAGCAUUUUAAGAUAUUAGCAGCUAAAUAUGUCAUGCAGGGUUUAUAAUUAGCAAUACUAAAUGAAUGAUUUAUUUUCCAAGGUACUUGUGUGGCACACGCGAACAUCACCCGCGAGAUUGCAUCGGGAGGCUGUGUUGAAUGGAAAAUCUUUUCCCGAUCUAGAAUGUUAA